AUGUCUCCCCGUGAGUACUGGGCCUUUGCUAUUAAGCUCCGCGAUGACUCGGCAAAGGAGAAGCGUGCACCUGAAGCUGAUAUUGCUGCUCGUGAGUACUGGGCAUUUGCAAUCAAGCUCCGCGAUGGUGUCACUGCGAAACGCGCCAUUCUUGAGUCACAAUGUGAGCAAGCGGAGGAGGGCAUUUACUGCACCUACACAAGUGCAGAUAUUGAGGCAUAUGGCAGGGGCUCUAAGCUACAGGAAGGCUGCGUCACUACUGAUACAGGAGUGUCAUGUUUCUAUCCCGGAGCAACUCCUGAAGAUGCUGCGUCACAAUAA